AUGGCUAUGAAGAAGAUGAUGGGCCACGUGUUGUGCUUACUGCCGUUUUUCCUGUACUGCGUAUGUGGAAGUGUGAUGGCUAGUUAUGAUAUUAUGCAUCCUCCAUUUCCUGGUGGUCCUGGUGGGAUUCUUCAGCCUGCUGUGCCUGGUGGUGGUAUUCUUCCUAAACCUGUAGGACCUCCCAUUGGUGGAAUUCCUGGAGGUGUUAAUCCUCUUCAUCCUCGUCCUCCUCCUGGUGGUGUUCUUCCUGGUGGUUCUCAUGGUGUUGGUAGAUCUCCUCUUCAGUCUCCUGUUGGUCCUCUUGCCGCACAACAUGGGCCUCACUCGACCUUUGCUGCUCAUCGAGAUCCAUGUGCUAAUCCUGGUGUGUCUUGUCCUGGUGGUGUUCCUGGUAUGGUUGGUCCUGUUCCUGGUGCUAAUGGUUUCCCAAAGACAAUUCCACCUCAGUUACUUCCUCAGCAUAAACCUGGUCCUGCAGUUAAACCUGCUGUUCCUGGUCCCGCUCGUCCUGCUGGUCUUGCCGGUUCUCAUGAUUCUUAUGGUAUGCCUCUUUCACCUCAACUUAAUGGUGGUAAUAUUCUGCCAGGAGUUGGUGCUGGUCAACGUGUUGUGCCUCCUGUAUCUAAUAAGCAUGAGAAACAUCCUGACGAAUCCAAGGGUAUUACUAAAGGUGAUAAUGGUAAUGUUGUUACUGAGAAGAAAGAGGACAAGAUGGCAAAAGUGGUGGAAGGAGAAUUGGGUGAAAGUUCACAAGGUCAUGGUCGUGGGAAUAAACGUCAACUAGAAACUGUCCUAUCUCCUGUUUCUCCUGUAAAAGGUGUUAGUAUCAGUCAGCCUAGUGAUGACAGGGCACAGAAAAAGGAAAUAGAUUCUUCUGACAGCAACCACAAAGGUGGAUCAGGUGUGAUUGGAACUAAAGGGCAACAAGAACAGAUAAAGGAAACCACACAAGGUCAUCAACAAGAUAAUCACAAUACAGAAACAAAUGUCGCAGGAAGAGCAAGUACAGAAUCCCACGUUACUGCUGACUCAAAACCACAUUCUACUACAGAUGCAUCACCUAGUGAAAUAACUCAAUCUGGUCUAUCUACUGAUGAUUCAAACACACUAAAUAACACGGGUACAGAUCCUAACAGUACCACUGAUAAUGUGACAACUACAGAGAACGAAUCAACAAAUGGUGUGGCUACUGUGGGUGUAUCAGCAGAAGGGAACACCACAGCGAACACGACCUCUGUCACUCUCAAUACCACCAGUAACGAGGUAUCAACUUCACCUACCACCAACACCACCACCAAUACAAUUCCUCCUAUCCCUGCAAUCAGCAAUAACACCAUAAUGCCAAAUUUAAGGGGUGAUGCAGACAGCAGCAGCAGUAUCAGCAGUUCUGUGUGGGUGCGUGUGCCACUACUGAUUGUGGUUACACUGGCCUGUAUUCUUGUGUGUUGA